AUGAUUUGGCAUACAAAUCACAAAAAGGAUUCAAUGAAAACGGAUGCGUUGCUAACGCCAAAGAAGGAGACCACCAAAGCGCCCCAAGAGGGCCAGACCAAGACAUUGAUGGAUUUGUUGCGUUUGUAUUGGCAACAGUAUUGUGAAAAGUCCACCAUACAUGGUGUUCGGUACAUUUACGAUCCCACAUUGCGUAGUAUUGAAAGCAUACAGUCGAAAUUACUAUUAAUACUAAUUUGGACUGCUUUGGUCAUAACUUGCGUUGCCUUGACAUGCAUUGCCUAUGGCAUGUUGGCAGAACGUUAUUCUGCCCAAAAACUCCAAACUGUUGUGGAUAAUUCCCAAUAUCCGGUUUUUCAAAUACCUUUUCCGGCUGUAGGUGUUUGCCCCAAUAAUCGCAUUAACUGGAACAAAUUUGAGGCGGCCAAAGCUGAAUUUUUACCACGUCCAGCAGAGCCGAAUGUUGUAGAGGUCUUCACUACAUUUGUAGAGCGAAUGGAAUCAUUGGUCUUUGGUCAAUUUGAAAGUUUUGCCGAAAUGGAUGAUAUCAAUUUGGAGCUGUUGGACGACAUCGAUGUUAGCAACCUAACGAAAUUCAUGUCAUUACGUUGUGAGGAUAUUUUUGUCAAUGGUACAUGUUCAUGGAGGCGGGUGGCCUUCGAUUGUUGCUCAUUUUUUAUAAUGGAACGAACCGAAUUGGGUUACUGUUUUGUCUUCAAUUCGAUUAUGACGCCAGAAUCAUUGGCACUAAAGGAAGUUGCAGGUUCCAAAUAUUAUCCUUAUCAUAACUCAAAGGCUGGCCAAGGCUCAGGUUUGCUUUUCCAAGUAAAAUUAACAGCGGAUAUGAAGAAACCAAAUUCAAAAAUCGAUGAUACCAUAAUGAUUUUGAUUAAGCGCCCCGAGCAGUUAUCCAGCAGUGGUUACACCAUUUCUCCCGACACCGAAACCUAUGUCAUUGUACGUCCUGAAGUAACGGUAAGUUCCAAAGAUAUACGUUCAUUGAGUCAGGAGCAACGCAAUUGUUUCUUUGAGGAUGAAAAUAUUUUACCCAACUACAAGAAGCAACCGAAUAUCGAUCGGAAUGUUGUAAUGAACAAUUGUUUAAAUGUAUGCCAUGAAGAGCAUCUACGCAGAUAUUGCAAUUGUACUUUGCCGUUAUUUUUCUUGACUGCUGAUUCAUCAGCGGAGCAAUGCCGCCCCUCACAUUUUCGCUGCCUGGGAAAAAAUAAUGAAAUUUUCAGCUAUGACAAAAGAUCGGAGGAGGAUGCCUAUUUUAGCUCAGCCAAACCGGGAAUGACUUGCUCAUGUUUGAUACCCUGCAAUAUUGUGGAAUACUACACCUCACUUACUACGCUGCCUUUGAAUUCGGGUGCCAACACUACAAUUGAUCAGUUCUACAAAGUCGAUGUUCAUUAUCAAUCAGAGGUGGUUAUUAAAUAUCGCACCAGUUUGGAGUUUACAAGCAUUGAUCUAAUAGCAAAUUUUGGUGGCAUCUUUGGCUUGUGCUUAGGAGCCUCUAUGGUCAGUGCUGUGGAAUUGCUAUAUUAUCUUACCUUUGGCUUGGGUUUAUAUUUGUAUGAUAAUAAUUACUACACCAUACUGAAGCAACGCAUUCAUGAACUGAGAAAGAAAUGGGCCACCGGCAUUAGGGAUACCCUAAAUGAGGACUACGAGGACAGAGCCUCAAUAAAGAGAAAACCAUCGUUUAUACCCAAGCGUCCACCAAGUAAAAAUAACCAAUGGUAA